AUGUCGUCACCCGUGGAAGCAGAUGUUAUUGUCAUCGGCGGUGGAACGGCGGGCCUUGUACUGGCUGCGCGUCUCUCUGAGGAUGCCAACAUUAACGUCCUAGUGCUCGAAGCUGGCUUGGAUCAGAAAGAUGAUCCUCGAGUGAAGACGCCUGCAUUGUGGCCUGGUCUUGUUGGCACGGAAUCUGACUGGGGCUUUGUGACGUUGCCUCAAGAAGCUUUGAAUGGGAAGCAACUCCCCCUCCCCCAAGGACGACUCAUCGGCGGUUCCAGUGCCAUCAAUGGUAUGGCAUUCAUUGCCAACUCGCAAGUGAAUGUUGAUGCCUGGGGGAAGCUAGGCAAUCCCGACUGGAAUUGGAAAACCCUAGAACCCUACUAUAAAAAGACGUACACGCUCACGCUACCAUCGGAGGAGCAGCAAAAACAAUUGGGGCUGGAAUAUGUCGAUAGACAAACGAGCGGAUUCGAGGGUCCACUACAUGCAUCCUACCCGGAUGCUAUCAAAGAUCCGGUAGCUAACGCAUGGAUUGAAUCUCUGCGAAGUCUAGGCUUCCCCAUGUCUGGUGACCCUUUCUCCGGAAAUGCAUUUGGAGGCUAUAUUAAUGCUGCGACCAUCGAGCCCGUUGAAAAGACUCGGAGUUAUUCACAGACUGCCUACUAUGAGCCCAUCAAAGACCGAUCCAAUUUGCGAAUAAUAACCGGAGCAUUGGUUGAGAAGAUCCUCUUUCGACACACCGAUCCUGAUGAAGACAUCGUAGCAACGGGAUGCCAGUACCGAAACAAUGGCAUUUCACACACUGUUACCGCUCGUCAGACUGUGAUUAUUUCUGCGGGUGCAUUCAACUCCCCUAAGAUCUUGGAGCUUUCAGGCAUCGGAUCUCAUGCUAUCCUGGAGAAACAUGAAAUAGAGGUACUAAUCGACAAUCCUAAUGUUGGUGAAAACUUGCAGGAUCAUGUUCUUGCCGGACUCAGUUUCGAAGUGCAAGAUUCGAUCAACACCAAAGAUGACCUCAUGCGACGUGUUCCUGCGGCAUUGGGUGCCGCAAUGGAGGAAUAUAAAACCAAUCGUUUCGGCCCCUUCACGGUUGGCGGGAAUUAUUCUUCUGCUUUGCUUCCCAUCCCCGACUUUUCUAAUCCCGCAACAGGCAAAAGUGAGCUCUUGCAGGUUCUGAACUUGAUUCCCGAGUCUUCUGAAGAUUCAUUUUCAUCUGACCUUGGUUCCUUUGUCCGCACCCUCCUAUCCAACCCUCAUGAGGCCACUGGUGGUUAUUUUACAUAUCCCGCACAAUCUGAUUUCAAGGGCUCUGGUGCUGGAGAUGAAGUUCUGCGUACCAAAUUCCCCGAGAACUACAUCACUGUUGCAGUGAGUCUAUUGCAUCCACUGUCGCGUGGCAGCAGCCAUAUUACUUCCAGUGAUGUCGCCGAUUCUCCCGCCAUUGACCCGCGUUACCUGACACACCCUCUUGAUGUUGAGUUGCUGGCCCGUCACACGCGUUAUAUUGAAUCUAUCGUUGCCUCUCCACCGUUGGCUUCCAUUUUGAAGCCUGGUGGGAAACGCAGUCCUGGAGUCCCAGAUGAUUUGCGUAAGGCGCCCCUUGAGGAGGUGAAAGAUUAUGUGAAAUCAGCUGCGAAGAGUACCUGGCACCCGACAAGCACAUGUGCCAUGAUGCCGCGAGAGAAAGGAGGAGUAGUUGAUUCUCGAUUCCGAGUAUGGGGAACGACAAAUCUGCGAGUCGUUGACGCCAGUGUCAUCCCGAUUGCCACGAGAGGAAAUACACAGAGCUCUGUCUAUGCGAUCGCAGAACGGGCCGUGGAUCUGAUCAAGCAUGAUCUAGUUAGCACUUAG